AUUUUGUGGACAGGCAAAAGUCAAUCGAAAAUUCCGGCGCUGACUUUACUAACAUUGUUUUGUUGUAAAUGGUCCAUGUUUUUCGAUAUUUCGCACGAUCUUCACGGAUACUUCAUCAAUCCAACACUUUGAUUGUUGAUCAAAAUUUCAUAACUUCUUCAUAAUAACGAGAACGGUAGAAGAGUUGGUCUUCCUUUCAAGAAAAAAGUCGGAGAGUUGGUGAAGAAUCGGGGAUCGGAGUUGAGAGCGGACACCUCCCACAUCUCGAACGGGCUACGUAAGCGUCAAAAGUAGGCGUGUACCGGCUAAGAAAAUGGCAGAAGGUCCAGCGGCGGCUGCUGCAGCAACGGGCAACAGCACUCAUGACCAUGCAGAUCUAACUCUUUUUCGAGGUGAGAUUGAUGGCUAUGGAUUCAAGAGACCGGGUGACUUUGAUUACGAGACGUAUGAGGAGUUCAUGAAGCAGUAUCUAUCAGUGCUAGCCAGGAGAGCUAAGAAAUGGGAACCAAUGAUCAAGGGAAGCCAGAAAGUGAAAAAGUCAAGAAAAGUGAAACGGUACAUCCGUAAAGGCAUCCCAUCGGAACACAGAGGAGCUGUAUGGAUGAUGAUCAGUGGUGCUCUUAAACUCAAGAAGAAAAAUCCUGGUCUAUAUCAACAUCUUCUAGAUGCUCCCAAAGAUCCAGAAAUUGUGGAGGUUAUCAAUAUAGAUCUUCAUCGAACAUUCCCUGACAACAUUCACUUCAGCAACGAUGCCCAGUACAGCAAGAGAUCAGCUUUGUCCAACGUCCUUGUCGCAUUCGCCCACCAUCGGCCAGAGGUCGGGUACUGCCAGGGUCUUAACUUCAUCGUCGCUCUCAUGCUGCUUGUCCUACAAGAUGAAGAGAAUUGCUUCUUUCUACUGCUGCAGUUAACAACCAACAUAUUGCCAGAUUACUAUGUUCCUCACAUGAGUGGCUUAAAGACAGACCAGGAGGUACUGGGUGAGCUAAUCAAAGAGAAGUGUCCUGAUGUUGCCAGACACAUGGAGAAAGAACAGGUCCCAUGGUCGAUACCCACCACCAAGUGGUUUAUCUGCCUUUUCUUAGAUGUACUACCAGUUGAGACGGUGUUAAGGAUAUGGGACUGUCUAUUCUACGAGGGUUCAAAAAUCCUUUUCAGAGUCUGCCUUUCGCUCAUCAAAAGAAACGAAGCAGAGAUCGUCAGAGCUAACAACAUCUCAGCUCUCGUAGAUUGCUUCAAGAAAGUUACCCAAGCAUCAGCAAACAUCGACUGCCAUACCUUCUUAGAGGAAGUAUUUGAGAGCUCUCAGCCACUGAAGAGAGGAACUAUCGAGAAGCUUCGCUACCUCUGUAGACAAAGAGUCGAACAAGGUCCAUAGGUCACUCUCUAUGUCAAAGUUCAACUUUUCUGAGUGUAUGAAUGAUAUCCUGCCAAUAAACCCAUCAGCUAGUGUCAAAGUUCACGCUGGUCGUCGGGCGAAAAAUGUCAUUUUGUUUCCAUGAUCAGCUCAGUGCGUAUCAGUGAUUGUGCUUGCCAAGUUGAUGAUGACCCGAAUGAUUAGGCCUUCUGCGGGUGCUUGAGGUCAACGUUCUAUUGGGAUUAUGGAAAUGAUUCUUUCAGAAGUUCAGGUCAACCUGUGUCAAAGGUCAAAUGAAAAUGAAUGAAUGACUAUGAAUCAACUUGUAGGAUAAUGUAAGGAGGAUAAAUCAUUCUGAUUUCACCGGCUGCUCGCAAAACGGCAGUAACAGCCCUCUUGCAGGCAGCGGAUGAUUUCAUGUCAGUUUCUAGAUCAGCACAUGCCAAAUUAAGACCACCAUUUUGUUACAACCAUAUGUCAAAGGUCAAAUGGAUACGCUGUAUAUGAAUGACUACCAGUCAGCAUAUAUGUGACAGUGCAGAGGAGAACAAGUCAUCAUGGCUUUGCAUCAGUUUUAGAUCAGCACGUGCCAAAGUUGAAAACCUUCAUGUCCCUUUGUUACAGCCGCUGUAUGUCAAAGGUCAAAUUGAUUUACGUGAAAUACAGGAGUAGAAGUCGACAAAUUGUGAUUUUUCAUAUCAGUCUCUAGAUCAGCACAUGCCAAAGUAAACUACAUUAGUAUGUCACUGCUUUAAAGUAUGAAGGUCAACUUGCAAUGUAUGUCAGAGGUCAAAGUUGAGAGAUCUAAUUUAUAUCAUUUAAAUGAUUUUGUGUCAUAUCCCAAACCUUGAUACAUGUCUAAAAUUUAAUUUAUUUUUGUUUGGACAUGAAUGAACUGUGCAUUUACCCUGUACAUGUAUACGCAUGUAUUCUCUUCUUUCGUGUUGUAUUUUGCUGCAGUAGACCCCAAUUUUCACUGAACAACAAAGUGAAUGACUACAAGAAGCAAUUAGCUUUCUCAUGAAAUUUCCCAUUUCCUUUUUUAAAAAAUUUGCUGCUUAUUUACUUAUUCAUGUUUGCAACCUUUAUGUUAAAAUCAGACGGACUUAUUGGACACAUCUCACAAAUUCAGUUAUUCAUGGACCAUUUAGAGUAAAUUUUGUAACAAACCCAGAUAAAAUGUCACUUUAUAAUCCCAUUAUGAAAUAAACCUGUACAAAACAACCCUUGUAUAAUCAUAUUUUGUAUCAAAACUUGUUCUCAGAUCUUUCUAUAAUGCCUAAAAUCUACUCUCUCUCUUUUCUUUGUAUUGUUGC